AUGUCAAUACACUAUAUAGUACACUAUAUAGCAUUCAACAUUCGGCACAAACAACAUUCUUUGUUCCUCCAGGCAAUCGCUUUGUGCGCCCUCGUGGCAGUGGCAAUAGCCGCCCCUCUUGACAACACCAGCCCAAUUCCUAUUGUCAAGCAAGCUCUGGACGGACCGAACCCUGACGGCGCCUACAGCUACAGCUACGAGACCGGUAAUGGCAUCCAGGCCCAGGAAGAUGGUCACCUCAACAACGCGGGUACUGAAAAUGAGGCCCUGGAGGCACGAGGCAGCUACAGCUAUACCGACGCCGACGGCCAGACCUUCCAGAUCUCGUACGUAGCCAAUGAGAACGGAUUCCAGCCGGAGGGUGCUCACUUGCCCACCGCGCCCCCGGUACCACCCGCAAUCCAAAGAGCCCUUCAGUAUAUCGCCGAGCAUCCCGAGGAAAACGACCAGCAAUAAGAACAUAUAACACGAUGGAAGUAGGUUAGAACCGGCAAAUCGAAAGCGAGCCUCGAGAAGAUGAGAAAGAUCGGGAGAAGCCUGGCGCAGACCCGAUCGCGCGAUCGUAUCGAUGAUCAACGGGUAUAUUCGAUCUCCGUGGAGAUUGGCGAUCUCAAGACCUGGCUCUUCGUGCACUAUUUUUGUAAUUAUGCGCGCUCAAAUAAGUUUUUUUUACUUUUUGUACAACACCUGUAUGAACAUCAAUGAUGUUCUGUAAAUAAAUUCCAUUAAUAUGCAGAUCUUGUUGAAUUGUGAUCGAAACAGUGAAUUGGAUAAAUAUGACAGAUGGAUACGUUAAUACCUGCAUCACAUUAAUUGUCGCGUUAAUGGGCGUUUACGAUACUUUUAACGAGGGCAAGCGUUAACGAGGCAGCAAAGCGUCGAAGCGUUGCAAA